AUGGUCGGGGAAGUCGACGUCGCUGCACCAUCUUCGGCGAAGCUUGCGUUGUCAGGGCCAGGACAGCAGAAAGAGGCGGCGGCGUUGCAGAUUGUUGAGAGUAUAACAAUCCCACCAACCUUCCCUAUUUCUGUUCGACAACCCCAUUGUUCACAUUCUAAACACCAGAUAUUCAUGGAACAAGAUUCACCACCAAACUUGGUUCUUUUUAAUUCCCAUCAAAGCCAAGAAUUCCAUCCCCAUAACGACGACUACGAAGACGACGAAGCUUUAUCUCUUGGUGAUCUCGCCACCAGCAAACACGAAGUCCCGAAAGCUAAUCGUCCGGAAGAACAAUUUUCCGACGAUCUUGAACAAGAUUUCGACUUCGGUGGCGACGGAAACUGUUUGCCGGAAAAUAAAAUGUGCAGCGCCGACGAGCUUUUCUUCCGUGGUCAAAUUCUGCCGUUACAGCAUUCAGUCACUUUACCUUCUCAGUUAAUAACCGAUGGCCAGAGCUUCAUCCGCUCCAUCUCAUUUUCCGGAUCCGAACCUGCAAGUGUGGUUAGCAGCAGAAGCAGCAGCACUCGUAGUAAUAAUUCAGGAACCAGUGGGAGUGGUAGUACGUCAGGAUCCGAAUUCACCAAAAUUCGAAACCAGUUCCAUUCCCACCCGAGUCCGACGCCACAGAUCCGAACCCGUAGCGUUCAUCACUCCAACCCGAAAACAUCAUCAAAGUGGAGCUUUUUACAGUUGGGUAUGAUAAAACCACAAGAAAUCGGAUUGGAGGAUCUCAAGAAUCGUAGCCAGAGAAGCCAUGGGAGUAGCAGAAGCAUCAGCAUGAACAUGAAGGAUCAAAAUCAGAAUAAUAAGACGAAGAAGAUGCAACUAGCGUUGUUUGGAGGGUGUAAAUGUUCUGCAAAUGCCAUCGAAAACACAGUUUAUUCGAGGAUUCCGAUGGUCAAACCAACAGGUUUGAAAGAAGAAGAGACCAAAUCGCGAAUUUCGAAAGAAAGUAACGUUGGAAGAAGGUUGCUUUGA